CAAUACCAAGUACAGUACUUCGUACAAAACGAAGGAAUUCAUUCUCUUGAAAUACAAUCAUCACCAUGACCAAGUAAUCAUCUCGUGCGGUAUCCUCAUCCUCCUCCUCCUCAUCAUCACUACCAAUAACAACAAUGUUUUCAUCAUUCAUCCCAUCCUCCUUUCCUCACUUCGGCUUCGGCCGGUCCAAGAUAGCUCAAGCCAUCACCAUCCCAUCAGUCGAGGUCCACGACAUUGAAGUAUCAAGCGACAAAAGAGGACGACGGCUCAAGCACCUCGUCAAACUCAACCAUGCCACCUACUCGAUCCUGUACCAUAGUUUACGUUUCCACAAUCACACACCUCAUAUUCUCGGCUCAGCUUAUCUCUUUGACGGAUCGGCCGACCACUUGAACAACGUGUACGAAGAUGUGUCUACCCACGACAACCUCGAACACUGGGAAGACUCGCCAUCCGAGAUCGCCGCCCACGACUACCGGGAUUACCUGGGACAGCGCAAUUACCAGCGUGCCUUUGUGGAUUUCUUUGAAGACCAACUCGUCCUACAAGGCUACGACUGGAAGUCCGUGGUCGAGAAAUACCUAUUCGACCGCGGUCCCAAGUCCAGCCCCAACGCUUACCCGAUGUUCAACUGCUUGACCUCCGGGCUAGGGCACCCUCUCAUCCACCUGGGGUACGCUUACGAACUCAACUCGCGCGAGAUUGCGAUGGAGGCCCUCGGUCUCGCGGCGACGUGCUAUAAUCCUGUCUUGGCCAAACUCCUCGAAACGAAACCCGCCAGCGGGCGAACCCACAGCACAAACGACAUCUUUGAAAUCUUUGAGCGGGUCCACGCCGACAAACGUCUCGACCACGCCUUUGACGGACACGGGGACGACAAACUCGACCACCUCUGGACCGACCCCGAGCUGGUUUCUAUCCUGCUCGAGCACUGGUCAGGUUGGAACAUCACCGACCCGACCCGAGACUUUGCCCAGAGCCAAGCGCUCGCCGUGGCCCUACACACGUCCGUGGCCUCCAGCGUCGGCGGCCACGGGUACGAUUUUCUGCUCGUCCACCUCCUGACGACGUCACACGCCGUGAGGAUCCUGAUCCCCUUCUUCGAGGCGGAACACCACCUUCCCUUGGUGAGGGAGUGGUUCUUGAUCGCACUCUCAAUCUACAUCACCCAAAACAGGCCGCCAAUCAAGAAGGAAAACGUGACGUCGUACGACCUCAAGGGGAGAGACUGGGGGUUUGUCACCCACAAAGCCCUCGAGGGCGACCACAGGUACGACGCUCAUUUCGUCAAGGCUUGCCGGGCAAUGCUCGAGGCUGAAAGGACGUGGGGGAAACGAGACGUCACCACCACGGAAGAGAAGGAGAAGGAGAAGGAGACGAAGGAUGAAAACAGCAACAACAAUUACUGGCUAAAAGGGGCGGUCAGAUUCGCCGAUGAGUUUAGUGGGUGGGUGUUUGGUGAUGGUGAGGAAUCGUCAUAGUGUGGGUCGGAUUCUAAUCAUACUCGAGCGUCUACUCUGUAUCACGAGGUCGACACUGGGGACAAGAGGGAGUGUUCCAAGACUGUCAGUACGAGUAUGGGUAUCAAGGACAAGCACAAGGACGGGCACGAAAAAAUCCCCAAGACUGCCGGUGUCAUCACGGACAAGGGUACGAGUACAGAUACUGGUAAGAGUACGACCACCGAAGCCGACAACAAAAAGACAAAAAGCUGGACCGACAGAUUGAAAACCGUCUGGAAAAGUCUCGAUUGCUUCUCAAACGAGUACGGACUGUGGUGGAUGUGAGAGAGAGAGAGGUUGUCAUUAAUGAAUGUGAAUGAAUGUCGAUGGCGCAAAUCAUCUUUAUACCACCAUCUUUACAGUGAGUGCCUGAAGCAUAGUCUGCUGUGAUGUAAUCUCAUAUAAUGUGAACCGCCCAUGGCCAUUGUAUAUUAUACAGAAAGAAUAUUUACCCUGCCUUUG